AUGGCGGCCGCUGCUAAGGAUGCAGGAACACGCCGGCUACUGAGAAAAUAUAAUGUGUCUUUCCACGUCGACAAACCCGAGGGCCCCCUGGACGACGACCCUGAAGCCUACUUCAAAGAUAUCAAGCGUCUUGGAGGCUACAGCAUUGAUCGUUAUGAAUUCAACCCGACCGUCGACUCGAGACAAAUGCCGUGGAGAGAGAAAACUGUCGAACGCGCAAAAUCAAUCAGCGCAAAGGCUCGGCGAUGCGCUGAAGAGGAGAAGAACGAAUCCGGCUGGCGUCUGAACCUUGAAACAGAGAUCCUGGCCCGCUUCAGCAUCGAGUCUCGUCCUGAGUGCCGCCGGCGACUCUGGAAAUCCGAAGUCGAAGUCGCCGUCACCACAGCCGAUGGCAGAUUGAAAAAGUUGGUGGACAGGCAAAGAGCGAGGAAAUUCUGUAACUGCCCGCCCAGGAAACGUGGGAAAGACAUAGCGGAUGACGGCUUGAUCGAUAUCUUCGACGACCGCACAGACGAAACGAUUCAGUACGAGGAUGAAAUUAAACAAGUCCUCGAUCGAGGCAAAAGACCCGACCGAGUCUUCGGUCUCAGACUCACUAAGCGGUUAGAAAGAAUCCUGGACUUUACUGAAGGUCCGGACGGGAAGCUCGUUAGGGAGUUGAUCACCACAACGCCCUUCCAAGACAGCUCCAGACCGCUACUAUUUCCAUUCCUGUAUCUUGAAGCCAAGUCGGAGAAGAGUCGGGAUUCUUUCUCAAAAAUAGACCUACAGUCUGGCUUUGCACUUCGCAACUUGCUUCAACUGCAGCACAACCUAAUGCACGCUGCCAUCGAAAACGGAGAAGCACAUAUGGUCCCCCUUGUAUGGUACUUGGCAUACCGAGGCCAACACUGGCACCUUGCAGCCGCCUACGUGGAAGAAGGAACAAAGGAUGGCGAACCAAACUAUCACAUCCUGCAGUUGUGGGAUGGAGAGAUCACAUUUGCUGAUCGUGCACUUCAACUACUGUUGAUGCUCGACUACAUAUUCGACUGGGCUCGUGAUGUCUACAGAAAAGACAUCAUCAGCGCCUUACUGUCCUUUGUACCAAAUGCUUCAUCGAGUUUGCUUGAGAGUACUGAUAUCGGCAGCACUUACAAUGACCCUCCUUUCUCUUUCGAUGGUGAUGUUCAAGAGCCCGUCAUGGAUUAUGACAUCGACCCUCCAGAGAGCUUUGGAAUUCCUCACAUGCUUGAGUUCUUUGAUGAUGGAAAGCUCGCGAUUCGCGACGCUAGCUAUGUGACGCACAGAGUCCUGGCUCUCCAUGUUACCUUGGAAAAUCUUGGCCAAUUUUUGGGUAAAAUGAACAGCAAGUACAAAGCGAGUACCCUUGCGAGGCAGUUAUGGAUGUCCAUGCAGGGAGAUGCGACCUGGCUUGUGACCGCAGACUGCCUCAAUGCCAUUGAGAGAGUUUGGACAGGCCACGAUCGAGAGUCAGAUACUUUUCAAAAUCCGCAGCAGGUCUUUCUUGCCUCUUUUUCAGUCACCUCAAAACUCGCUGGUAAAUACGGAAAAUUAACUGAUAGCAAACCGUGGAACCAAAUUCAUGCACUCUCGUAUAUUGCCAUUGCUAAGAGUGCGCUACAAGAACUACAGAAGAGAACAGAAUAUGGGCCCCGACGCCUCAUGAUCUCUUUGACAGGGAUGCCGGACGUCUCUACGGAGCGCGCAACGGAAAUUUUUAGUAAGCUGCGCUUUGCGCCAGUCCGACAACUUUUCGCAGCUGCCAUUGCACGAUCUGAGCUCCUUUCGACCUGUAAGGAAAGCUACAGGGCGGGGACGGGCCCCGGUGACAGCCUAAUGGGUUUUCGGUCCUAUGUUCGUACUCCAUGCUUCACAUCCGCGCUAAAAUCGCCAGAAACUGUCGGUCCAGCAGAGCUAUGUGAAAGUAUUUACACUCUUUUGAAUAGCGGCAUGUCCGAGCUGACGGAAAGCUUUCUUCGCAUAUCUCACCAGUCAUCUAAACACGAUAUUGGCCUCGAAGAUAGGGAUGACAGUUCGAUACCAAAGUGCUGGAGGAAACUGCCAGUGGACAAACUCCAGACCUCAGUCGCAGUGUUGGUGGAUUCAGGAGGCUGUAGGUCUUGUUAUUGCCUUUUCGUCUUUGGGUUGGAUACUUUUCAUUCUCGAUCGGAAGACGGCGACGAGAAAAACGCACAAGAUACGUCUGAAAGGGUCGAAACGCAUCGAAUUUAUCCGGGCAUUGUGCGUACAUUUUACAGAGGGUCUCGAAGGCGUUACAAGUUCUAUGACCGCUCCUGCUCUGCAGACACGGAAGAUUUUCCACAGAUCAGCGAGAUCUUGCGCCAUGUGUCUAAUCAGUAUGAGCGAAUUCUAUCAACUGAUACAACAAGUCGCUUUGACAGUGGCCAUGCAGACUGGUUUCGAAGACGAUGCAGAUUUCUCGAAGGCCCAGGAACCGGAUGGCCGUUCGACUUUUUCGAGACGGUUGAUAACAUCAAACAGAUUGGUGGCACAUCUCGCUUUGGCUUCAUUCUCGACCGACUUUUGUCUCUAUACGACACUGCCAUGAGUCUUAACCCACCCGGGGAACCAGAAGAAGGCGAAGCAGAAGACUAA